UAGAAGCGCUAUUAUUUUCAGCUUGGCGUGUUCCGUGUUGUGCCCUUCUGCCGAAAUCCGAAAUCGUUGCCGUCGCAAAGAAUACACUCCGCUUCAACAUUUUUACGUUCAAAAUCUUCAAUCUUCAAUCGCCUUUGAGUGCCUCCAUCUCCAUAUCGGUCAAGUCAUUAUGUCGCUCAGCGGCAAGGAUAUUGAUGAGUUGCGUCCAAAAAUCGACAAGUUGGUUGUACGAUACAACGGGCAGUCAGAUUCCACCAUCUGCAAUGUCGCCCUCAGCUGCAUAUCAGCAGGGUAUGACAAGCGCAAAAUUUGUGACAAAUUGACUGGCGUGAUGGACAGCAAAAAGGCAGAGCGGAUGACUGAGAGGCUGAUGGAGUUGGGCGAGGCUGUCAGAGGCUGCCUGAAGAGCUCAAGGAAGAGGGCUCUAGUGGAGGAUGUAGAACGAGAGCCAAAGAAGUCGAGGGCAAAGGAAUCACGGGACAACGGGGGCGGCAUGAACGAAGACAACAGCGUGGCCAAAGCAUUAGCUGCUGCUGCCGCAAUGGCUGGUGGAGGCGGCAAGACCAACUCAAGUGGGCCAGGACUGGCUAUACCUAUGCAGCUGGGUGAAGUGGUCGGAGCUGAUUCUGCCUUGAAUUCUAAGCAGAUUGAAGAGAUGAUGGCUAACGCAAAGAAGGUUAUAGAGGAGAGGAAGAAGGCGUUGACAGCCAUCAAGUCGGACACUGGAAAGCCAAAAUUUGGCCUCAUGGAUCCGCAGAUGAUUGCUGAGGCGGAGAAAGCACGUCGCAUUGCUCAAUUGCAGGCACAGAUUCAGGAGAAGAUCAACGCUGUGAGCAUCAAUGCAGCUGUGGCCGCCGCCCAAGCGCACGUUCGGGAAGUCACUGCAAAGCCUAAGCCCCUCAUUCUUGACGCGCAAGGCCGCACCGUGGACAUGGAGGGCAAGGAAGUGCAGCUUACUCAGAGAAUGCCCACACUGAAGGCCAACAUCAGGGCAAAAAAGAGGGAAGAGUUCAAGCAGCAGUUGCAAGAUAAGGGCUCGGAAGACAUUGCUGAGCAGACCUUCUUUGACCCCAGAAUUGCCGCCAAGACGGCAAUUCGUAACAAAAGGGCUCUCAAGUUCAACGAGCCUGGAAAAUAUGUUGCCCUGGCAGACAAAAUGCGAACCAAAGCGCAACUUGAGAAGCUGCAGAGUGAGAUUGCCCAGAUUGCUAGGAAAACUGGCAUCACCACCACAACAAAACUUGCUUUGAUUACUCCAACUGAUGCUAGGGACGAUGAUGUGCCUGAGGUUGAAUGGUGGGACUCUAUCAUCUUAGCAGAGGACAGCUAUGCUGAGAGAUCAGUCGGCAAGGUGGUAUUCCAGGGUGGUGCCGUGACAAAUUUGGUGGAGCAUCCGACUCAGAUGCGCGCGCCAACGGAUCCAUUGCGGCCUAUCUACAUGCCAGUCUUUCUGACCAAGAAGGAACGAAAGAAGAUUCGGCGGCAAAAUCGUCGGGAGACGUGGAAAGAGGAGCAGGAGAAGAUCCGGCUUGGCCUGGAACCGGCACCGGAGCCCAAGCUGCGAAUCACCAAUCUGAUGCGCGUGCUGGGCACUGAGGCCGUGCAGGAUCCAACCAAGAUCGAGGCGCACGUCCGCGAGCAGAUGGCCAAGCGGCAGAAGGCGCACGAGGACGCCAACGCCGCCAGGAAGCUCACUCCUGAAGAGCGCAGGCUUAAGAAAAUCAAGAAGAUGAAGGAGGACACCACCCUUGGCGUGCAGGUUGCUGUUUUCAGAGUGAGAGACCUGAGCAACCCUUCGAAAAAAUUCAAAGUGGAAACAAACGCCAAGCAGCUGUUCAUGACUGGCACUGCAGUGAUUUUCAAAGAUUGCAAUGUAAUCAUUGUUGAGGGCGGGCCGAAGCAAAUGAAGAAGUACAAAAGGUUGAUGCUGAACCGAAUUAAAUGGGAAGAGGACAAUAUCAAGGAUGGAGAUGGCAACGAAGUGCCUAACAAAUGUGUGCUUGUUUGGGAGGGUUCGGAGAAGAGCAGGUCCUUUUCUGGCGACAUUAAGUUCAAGUUAUGCCCCACAGAGAGGGUCGCAAGAGAGCUGUUCAAGAAGCACAAAGUAGAACAGCACUGGGACUUGGCCUACAGUGGAGCUGUUUUGGAAACUGCUCAAGAUGCUGGUUGAUUGUAAAUACUACACGUUUAUUUUUCCUUCAUUUAGUGUCAGAGGCUCUUAAAGUUGUCCUUGUGAAUAUGCAAUUUUUUUAUUAAUUUCUUGUACUAUCAUUUUUUAUAAAUAUCUCAAAAGCAUUAAUAAUUUCUGUUGAGCUCUGUCCAUUAAUUGGGUUAAGAUAAUUUCUGCUUUCAAUCGUCUCCAAACUGAAACCACAUUUAUUUGUAUUUGUGAGAAUGAAGCCGACACAAUGAAAUGGAAAGAUCUAUAAAAUUAUCAUGUAAAUAAACAACAAUAAUUAAAAGAAUAAUA